AUGUCUGUUACAACAAAAAAUUACGAAUUUACAUGGCCUGCUGGUCCAAAGGAUGUUGUCCUAACCGGUGUUUUUGACGAAUGGAAAGGCUCUAUGCCAUUAGUGCGUCAAGCAGAUGGUUCUUUUGCUUUAACUUUCCCAAUUCAAAAGACUGAAGGUGACAACAAAUUCGUCUUUAAGUUCAUCGUCGAUGGUGACUGGACCGUAAGUGACUCCUAUAAGAAAGAAGCAGAUGCAGGCGGAAUUGAAAACAAUUAUGUAGACUUGACAUCUGUCGAUGCUACUGGGACUUCCGGAAAUGUCGCAAAAAUACCUGAAGCUGGCGGGUUACCUGUUGGUUCUGCCGAUGCUAGUGGCUCAGCUACUCCUAAUCCUACCCCAAAACCAGCUAGAGCUCCACCUUCUACUUCCAACAGAAAAAAGGGUAAGAAGGGUAAGAAGAUGAAGGUUAAGAAGAGAAUUAGAAGAAACAAGAAGACUGGCGAAAGGACCGUCAUGUCUCAAGAAGUUGAAGAAAUGGAAACUUCUGCUACUAAUACUCCAAAUGAAGAGGUUACCGAAGAAGCCACCGAAGAGGACACUGAAGAUGGUGCUAACGAUGAAGAAACCUCUGAAUCCGCUACUCCAGCUCCAGCUCCGGCUCCUGCCGAACCAGCUGCAACUGCUCCUGUCGCAACCGAAGCUGAACAAGAGAUGCACACUUUGCCAGUUGACCAAAACAAGGCUACUACUCAAUUUGAAGAUACUACGGCUAUCGCCCAAACUGGUCCAGGUCCAGUAUUAACCUCUAACCCAGAAGAGAUUAAAGAAUUCAAGGAAGUCAGUGAGGUCGAUGCUGAUGAAUUGAACGCUAGAUUGAACAAAGAAUUGAAAGAAGAAGAAGCAAAUGAAAAGAAGGUUGCCGAAGAGGAAGAACCUGUUGAACCAAAGCCUGAAGAGGAAGAACCUGUCGAACCAAAGACCGAAGAAGCUCAACCAGCUCAAACAUUAGACCCAAAGAUAAACACACCUACUGAAGAGCCAUCUGUUGCUGAAGAAUCUGCUCCAAUUGCUGCUGCUGCCCCAGUUGUUGCCGAAGAAAAGAAACCACAGACUACUUCUCAACCUAAGGAAAAGAAGAAAUCCUCCUCCAAGAGUAAGACUACAAAGGAUACCAAGAAGACAACUUCUGCUGCUACCAAAACCGCUGAACAACCUCCAAAAAAGAAAGGUAUUUUUGGUAAAUUGAAGAGUUUAUUCAAAUAA